UGACUACUCCGUUCGCGAGUUUCAUAAAUUAGCACCGAAGAUGGUUUGGCCUCAGUUGGAUUUGAUCUCAUAAUCUGGGAUAAGAAAGGAGCGGUUUUUCAGCGGUGGAAAUUUAACGUUUUUCCAUUUUUUUUGCACUCUCGUUUCUGUGCAUUAGUCGCGGUAUUGUUUUACAAGUUGAACAACCGUGAUGCUUAUAUCGCUAGGAUGGCUGACAGCACUUGUGGCUGGAGUUUUUGCCGUCCACAUCGGACAGAAGUUGUGUUUUCCGUACUUUUGGAAAGACUUUUUCCAUUUGACAAAAGUCGUCAGACGCGGUGUGCAGAUGGAGAUGUAUAAAUUGACCUCCAGAGUGUUCACGGUGUUGGACAAGUUCGUGCAACAGGCUGCACAAACGCCUAACAAAACGUUUAUUAUUUACGAGGGAAUCGGUUAUACGUACAGAGACAUUGAUGAACGGAGCAACAAAGUGGCACAGGUUUUUGAGAAACUGGGAACGGUGAAGAAAGGAGACACUGUCGCCCUUUUGAUGAACAAUGAGCCAGAUUUUGUCUGCGUUUGGUUCGGCUUGAACAAACUGGGGUGCUCCGUCGCUUUUCUCAACACAAACAUCAAAUGUAGGUCCCUGCUGCACUGUUUCAGCUGCUGUGGAGCCAAAAUUCUCGUUGUUGGCAAAGACCUGUUGGACACGCUGGAGGAGAUUCUGCCCAGCCUGCAGGAGGACGGCAUCCAGGUGUGGGCCGUGAAGGCGGAGGGCUCGCAGCCCGGCGUGCACACGCUGCUGGACAAGCUGGAGCACGCCCCCGCACUUCCUGUUCCUGCCGACCGCCGGGCCGCCACGUCCCUCAAGACCCCCACCCUCUACAUCUUCACUUCGGGGACCACAGGGCUCCCCAAGGCAGCGGUGAUCACGCACCUGCAGUCGCUGAAGGGCGCUGCCGGGUUCUGGGCUUAUGGGGGCACCUCGGAGGAUGUGGUGUACAUCCCCCUCCCCCUCUACCACAGCGCCGCCUCCCUCAUCGGCAUCGGGGGCACCAUCGAGCUGGGUGCCACCUGCGUGCUGAAGAAGAAGUUCUCGGCCUCGCAGUUCUGGGUCGACUGCAAGAAGUACGACGUGACCAUUUUCCAGUACAUCGGAGAGCUCUGCCGUUACCUCUGCAACCAGCCCCAGGUGGAAGGCGAGAAGGAGCACAAGGUGCACAUGGGCGUGGGGAACGGGCUCCGGCAGGACGUCUGGCGGGAGUUCCACCGGCGUUUCGGCGAGAUCCGCAUGUGCGAGCUGUACGGCUCCACCGAGGGGAACCUCUGCUUCAUGAACCACGUGGGCAAGAUCGGCUCCGUCGGCCGCUCCAACUUCUUCUACAAGCUCAUCUUUAAGUAUGAGCUGGUGAAAUAUGACAUGGUGAGGGACGAGCCCCUCCUCAACGAACAGGGCUUCUGUCAACGUGUGAAGAAAGGUGAGACGGGCCUGCUCCUGUCCAAGGUGAACGCCAGCGCACCCUUCUUCGGCUACGCGGGCAGCAAACAGCUGACGGAGAAGAAGCUCAUGAGAGACGUGUUCGCCAAGGGAGACCUGUACGUCAACACCGGCGACCUGAUGAUGCAGGACAGGGAGGACUUCAUCUACUUCAGGGACAGAGUCGGCGACACGUUCAGGUGGAAGGGGGAAAAUGUGGCAACGACGGAAGUGGCAGAAAUUCUGGGGCUCGUGGACUUCAUUCAGGAGGUCAACGUUUACGGGGUGGAGGUCCCAGGGAGCGAGGGCAGAGCCGGGAUGGCCGCCAUCAUCAUCAGGCCCAGCUGUGAGUUCGACGGGAAGAAGCUGUUCGACCACGUGGUCCGCCACUUACCUGGCUACGCUCGCCCACUGUUCAUCCGGAUUCAGGAAUUCAUGGAAACGACCGGAACCUUGAAGCAUCAGAAAUUCCGGCUGGUGGAGAGCGGAUUCGACCCGUCGGCCAUAUCCGACCCGCUCUACUUCCUGGACGGCGGAGAGCAGCGCUACGUCCCGCUGGACGACGGCCUGUACGGGGACAUCGUGUCCGGGCUGCGCAAGCUGUGAGGGGCGCGAGCGGAGGCGCGGCUGCGCCUGGGACAGGGGAUCGGGUCGCUCCGUUACAAAGGAGGUGCUCCAGAUCGCCUUCAGCUCAUUUACAGUGUCACUGUAUGCGUUUUGGGGGGGGGAGGGGGGGUUAACAAUGGAAAUACUGCUCAUAAUCAGCCCCUCUCUUUGAAUAAUGAAGGAGCCCCUCAUUGUGAGAGUUUGGGACAGGCGGCGCAGCUGAAUAAUGAAUGAGAGAGAGAGAGGUUGUGGACGGGGGCGCAGUGACACGCGUCAGCCUCAAUCAAACGUCGGGAGAUCGAAUGGCUGAGUCGGGGCAGGGGGGAGAGACUGCAGCCAUCCACGCGUGACGGCUGUGCUCGUUCUGAUCAGACAUCAGCGUCCUUGAACUCUCCAGGGCGCCCAAAUGUGCAGCGCUUCCUGCUGGGCAUCGAACCGACAACCUCCUGAGCUCUACCUCCUCAGCCAACGUGGCACCCGGUGUUCCACGGGACCCCCCUCAGUGAAAGGCAUCACACUGCCACGUCCCAUGUGAAAAAAAAAUUGUACAGAAUACUCAAAGUAUAAUGAACAUUUUUAAAUAUAAUUAUUUUAUAUAAUUGUGCUUCGAGUGUGCUGAGUGUGCUACUUUUUUCACCUGGGAUGUAAAUAUGUGGAGUGUAACUAUAAGCUCACAUAAUGAUUAAUAUAUUUCACAGCGCUGUUUUUUUUUUUUUUUAAUUAAAAAAAUGUAUGCGUUGCAAUAUGUAAACGUGGCAAUAAUCUGAAUUUCUACAGCGUUGCAGUAGCUUGACGCUCUGCCUUAAGGCAGCAUAUUCCAUUUAUGAAAGGGAUCUGGUUGUGGAAAAACUUCAGUUGGCUCCUACUUUGGCCGAUAUCAGCCAAAUGUACAGCAUAAAAAAAAAAUAAAAUAAAAUAAAAUAAAAAUGAAAGUAAAAAUUAUACACAUGGUGGAACAGUUCGAAGGCCUCGGAGAUUCCCCUGGUCACCGUGAUUGUGCCGUCAUUUCCAGCGUGGUUUACUGUGAAUCGUGAUUUAAAGUGAAACGUUUACUCUGUGAGCUAGUGGCAGAAGACUGAGAGGAACGUGCGAAGGGCUUUUCCACUGAAGAAUCAGCAGAUGUGCUUUCUACCCUGUCAAAGGUUUCCUCGACAUCAUUGAAGCUUGUUGCUGCCAGCCUCUAAUAUGGAUCAAUUUGUGUGUUUAAUGGUUUACACUGUGUAAAGUGCUACUUUUUCCUCUGGUAAUUUGUACGUUCCUUUAACAUUUAUGAUGUAAUACGUCAUUUAGAAUGUGUGAUGUUGAAAUUGAUUGUACAUUAGUAAUGCAGUAAUGUAUUUUAAUUAUUUCUGUGAAGGAGUGUACUUUGAUUUAACUUGACCAAUCGAAUGAAAAUACAGUCGUUUAGCUUGAACAAAAUACUUUUUUUAUUUUAAUGUUACAAAAAAUAAAUACAUCUGGUGCUCAAGGUGGAGCUGAACAUAACAUAUAUGCACUUAUUUUCACACCACAGACAACAGCUAAGCUCUCACAGAGUGGAGUCGGAGGAAGACCUUUCAGACGUGCCUUUGGCGUAAAACGGGUGCCCAGUUGACCAGCGGAGGUCGCUAGAGAGCAAUGAAGCACAGACCCCUAAUUGACUGAACCCUCCCGUACCCUGGGUGGCAAUUGCAUAGAUGAUAACUGAUGAUAUCGCGCACGCACACACGUACGCACGCACAUAUGUGCACACACGCACAUACACGCACGCACACGCUCAUAUAUGCAUGUAUGUGCGCGCACAGGCAUAUACGCACACACAUGCAUGCGCACAUACACUCACACGUACUUGUGCACAUAUGUGCACACACACACGCAAGCACACGCACAUACAAAACACAAACUGGGAAAAGAAAGGGAAUUAAGCAUGGAGCAGACUGGGAACACACACGUGAUGUAGGUGUAGCGUAUAGCAUUAUGGAAUAUUCUGGAAAAUCGUGUAUAGGCCUACUACAACAGCACACAUCAUUGUUAGCAUUCUUGCGGACUACCAUUUUUAACCUGAAGUAAUGUUCACUGAAAAUCAGUAAUGCAGCUAAUGUUUUUUUUUUUUUUUU